AUGACGAUCCUUAUCGUCGGCGCUGGCAUUUCAGGCCUCAUCCUCGCUCAGCAUCUCAAGAGCAAACAAAUCCCUUUUCAGAUUUUUGACCGCGACUCCGCCCUUGAUGCCCGCACUGGUGGCUGGGGUCUGACACUACAUUGGUCGCUCCCUGCGCUGCGUUCUUUACUGCCAGACGAGCUGGUCCAGCGAUUCCCGGAAACAUUCGUCAACAAAGAUGCCGCCGCACGCGGUGAUGUGGGGAAAUUUCAAUUCUUUAAUCUCAAGUCGGGUAAAGCGUUGUACAGCGUUGAUGCAGAGGAGCGCAUCAGGGUCAAUCGGGGGCGGUUGAGAGAAUUAUUGACGACGGGGCUGGAUGUGAAGUGGAGUAAAACCCUCGAAUCAAUCGAAUCAACGACAGAGGAGGUGACGGCACGGUUUGGCGACGGCACCGAAUACAAUGGACAGCUUUUGAUCGCUUGCGAUGGUGCUCGGUCGCGUACACGACAAAUUCUUUACCCCGAUGCUGCGAUGAAUCCACUCCCGGUCCAGUUACUUGGUGCAUCGACACUCUACUCAGCAGAGGAGAUGAAAGGCGUGCAAAAUAUCGACCCUUAUAUCUUCCAGGGCUCUCAUCCUGACACGGACGUCUUUCUUUUCUUCAGCUUCCUUGAUACACCGAGUAACUUCGAUGAGAGCAGUCGGGAUCGAUAUCAUGUCCAGAUUAUUGUAUCCUGGGCUGAUAUAAAGGGAAUAAAUGUUCCGCAAGAGAACUCUGAUCGCAUCGCGCUGAUGAAAAGGCUGUCGGAUAACUGGGCCGAGCCAUUUAGAUCACUUGUGCAGCAGCUGCCCGUUGAUGCAGAGGCGCGAUCCAUUCGUAUUGAAGAUUGGAUGUUCCAACUCGGUCGGAAACAUGCACACCCUCGCGUUGUAUUAGUGGGGGAUUCCGCGCAUACGAUGACGAUGUUCCGGGGCGAAGGAGCCAAUAACGCUAUUGUUGAUGUUUUGGACUUGGUGAAAAGGGUAGAUUUGGAGAAACUGGAGUCGUUCAAUGUGCCCUCUCUUUCAGCGUCUUUGACGGCCUACGAAAAAGAUAUGUUUUCCCGUGCUGAACCCAGCUUUCGCAACUCUCGCCAAGCGUGUCUGGAUGCGCAUGAUUUCUCCAAGAUCGAAGGCAGCCCACUUGUGAUGGCGCGAAAUCUCAAGAAGGAUUAA